UAUAACUAUUAGGUUUCCUUUCAUAUUUUCACUAUCAAGUGUGAUUUUUAUUCAUGUACAAAAGAUUACCAUCGAUAAUGAGCGAUAGCGAGUUUCACCAGUAAGUUCCGUUAACGUUCGAGGGAACUGAUUAGUUUUUUCAGAGAUUGUUUAUUGUGGAGUUCAAAAGUUCUGAAGAUGAGUGAUUCACAACUCGACACUGGUGAAACCGAACAUUAUGAACAAGAAAACUGCUCGGAAAGUAUGCUGAUUACAACCGAUACGAUUGAAGAGUUUUCGCAAGAAAUUAGUACCAGUUUAGCCGAUAAAAAUGGGGUAGACGAUGGUAGCAAUCUGAAAAAUGUUGAGGCGACAUUGACCGGAGGUACUAUAGCGAAGAUUCAAGACGGGUUGCAAGUUGAUGGAAGUGAUGGAUCGAUGAGUAAGUCAAGUUCGUUCAGCAGUGCAAAGAGCAGAGAGCUUACCGAGUCCUGUACGAGCUUAGUCGAGGAGAGUUCCUCAGCAGUAAAUCCAGCGCAACUGAGUGAUGGUGGAACCGAUCAAGAAGAUUAUUUGCAUGAUCCUAAUUUUCUCAACAAGAAAAGGCAUGUUUUCAUUCUCAGCUCGGCAGGAAAACCAAUCUAUUCCAUGCACGGAAAUGAAGACAAAUUGGCGACACUCUUUGGCGUCAUGCAGGCACUGGUCAGCUUUGUGCAAAGUAGCAACGAUUCGAUCAAAUCAAUCCACGCGAUGGGUGUGCGGUUUGUGUUCCUCGUAAAACCGCCCCUAAUUUUGGUUGCCAUUUCAAGGACGAGUCACAGUGUGCAACAAAUACAGCUUCAGUUGACCGAUGUUUAUAAUCAGAUUUUAUCAACACUAACACUGAAUCAAAUGCAGAAGACAUUCGAGAAACGAAAGAACUUCGACUUGCGCCGACUAUUAGCCGGCAGCGAACGGCUAAUCGAUCAUUUGCUAGUCAACGACAAAUGUGAUCAUAAGCUUGUAUCUAACAAUCCGUUCAGCUUCAUGACUCAUUCGGUUCGAAUUUUGCCGCUACAGUCCAGUGUGCGGGAGACCAUCGUCGGCGCUAUACAAGCUAAUUGCGCAAAAAUCAAAAACCUGAUAUUUGCAGUAUUAAUAGCCAAUAACAAGCUAAUCGCCCUCGUUCGGAUGAAGAAGUACUCCAUUCAUCCCGCUGAUCUGAGGCUAAUAUUCAACUUGAUCGAAUGUUCGGAAAGUUUCAAAUCGGCCGAAAGCUGGACGCCCAUCUGCUUGCCGAAGUUUGAUUCCAGCGGAUACCUGCAUGCACAUGUGUCCUAUCUCGCGGAAGACUGUCAAGCAUGUCUGCUUUUACUGUCCAUCGAAAGAGACGCAUUUUUUGUUCUUUCGGAAGCUAAACGGAAAAUCACAGAGAAAUUACGCCGUUCCAACUGCUUGGAGGCCAUCAACGAUGCAAUGAACAGUAAAGGCAUCAAACUGCAGAACAUUAGUAUCCCAGAGAUUCGCCAUUUUAUCUACAAGAGCAAGUCAAACGCGCAAUUGCUUUGUUCCGAGUUGACCAUUCCGUACUCUAGCAUCGGACAGUUUAAAAGGCUGGAAGGAAUGUACUUCGAGCUACACCAUCAGAUACAUAACUCUAGCCGGCCGGUGAAGUUGAUUUAUCGAAUGCAGAAAAAGGAAAUACUUCUGGCAUGGGUGACCCAAGCCUACGAACUAUUUGCAGCCUUCGAACCGACUGUGCAUCGAAAUGAAGUUAUUAAUUUGGUUAAUAAGCUGCUAAAGUGGAUUAGGAAGGAAGAAAACAACCUAUUUAUUUUGUCGGCUCCUACUUUCUAGGAUUUGGGGUCCUUUUUCCCUUCAUUUCCUCUAUUGUCGUUCGCCGUGCAGUCCAGUUCUGGUGCCAGCGAAACCAUGAUGGGUUAAAGAAGGAAAAAAGGGUUACCCUUUCCAUGUUUGGAGAAUUUAAACUAAUCGAGCACGAGAAGCUUCAGCAGAAAAUGGUUUUCUUAUAGCACGUUUUCUUUCGUGUCGGCGUUUUCAUUUUCGUGUUUCUCUUCACUAAUAGAUUAAGAGUAAAAGUAAAAAAAAUAGUGAGAAUAAUGAAAGUAUGUGCACGAUUAAAUCUGCUGACAGCUUCUAGGUCGUUUUGUUUAUCAAAAACGAUAAAGGGCCAAAAGAAAAACGUGUUCGCAAAUCGACUGCUGACCGAAGUGCUGUAUAUUCGAUUGUUAACAUGUUAGUGAAAAUCGCUUAAAGCGUACUCUGUGAAAAAUCCUGGUAGUGUACAUAGAUGUUAUAUUGUAAACUAUUUUUUUCUUGAUAAUCAUUGAACAACAGAAAGUGUUACUGAACAACACAGUUUAAAUAAAA